CUACCUCCCUGUUCCUGCUGACUCCCUGCUCACCCCUCUCCUCUUUUGCCUCCUCACCUCCCCCUCUCUGGAUGCCAAUAUAACUUCUAGACAUGGAGCAGACAGCAGUCACACAACAACCAGAGCUGUCAAGCACAAAAGCCUCAGCAUCUGUGCUUCAAGAGGAGGAAGUGGUGUGCUACGCUACUGGAAGUGAAUACAACUUGAGGUCGAACGAUGUUCCUGCAGAGACAAAAGCAGUGCUCGCACAGCCGGGCCUGGGAGUCACCACUACGACCAUCACCACCAUCACGCAGACGGGAGGCGAUUGGAGCACCGGCCUGUUGGACAUCUGUGGAGACAAAACAACAUGUAUUCUUGGGGCUCUAGUGCCAUGUUGUUUAGACCUGAGUUUGGCUCACCAAUAUGGUGAGUGUCUCUGCAUGCCUCUGCUGCCAGGAUCCACUUUUGCCUUCCGGGUUGGGAUCAGGGAGAGAUACAAGAUACGGGGUAGCGUGUGUGAGGACUGGACCACAGUGUAUUGCUGUUACCCUCUGGCUGUGUGUCAGAUGAUUAGAGAGAUGAAGUGGAGGAUGAAGACACAGACAUAUCAUGUGUCCACUGCCCUUGAAUGCUCCUGAAGAGAUCCCUGACAGUAAAUGAGUCCUGUCCUUAAACCAUUUUACAACGGAGACUUCUGAAGGCCAGCUGAGAUUACUGGUAUGACCUGCUCCAAGAAUCAAUACUAUCAGGCUUCAACUCACUUUGAAAUUCCCCUGAGGAUGCAAUUGGCAACUUAAUCAAGCCUUCUGUACAACAUGCAUAACACUGCGGAAAUCAUUUGAUUAAUAGCAUUUUUUUGUCAUAGUGUCUAGAGAUUAAAACAAUUCAUGGACCUCUGUAUUAUGAAUAAAAAUCAUAAAUAAACUCUUAUUUUCAUGGAGAGACAGGAGCUCAUCUGCUAUAUUUUAAGUUAAUCAGGUUGCAAGAUGCAUGCUCUUCUCGUUUCAGUAGAUUUUUCUGGCGACAAGCAGCAUCAACCAUCUGGUACAACUCUCAGCCAGACAAUAAAAACAAAGGAAAAAAAACAGCAAUUUCCUUUUAUAUCUUAAAAUAUUGUCAUGCAUACAGCCAAUUCCCUCUCAUCCCCUGAAAAUAGAGACACUCUGAACUACUGAAGCUGUUAUUUUAGUAGCCUUUGUUUUGAUCUUAAUCAGAAAACAACCAAAUGCCAUUCAACCCAGUUUAUAAUGUUUGAAUCCGAGGUAAACUUCGGUGUGUUCAACGUCUUAAAACAAAGUCUUUUGUGCUUUGGAUAUCAGGGAAGCCCACUGACAGCAAUCUCAUGGGAGCUAUUUAUCAUCAACGGGUACAAAUGAAGUUAGAAAAAAGUGAUUUGGUUAAACCAAACCUUUAAUUUUGUCUUGCAUGCCAAAAGUCACCAGACACAUAAUCGUCUUCAGUCCCUUUCUUCUUAACUCAACAGCAGGCAAAUAAAUCUAAUUUCUAUAUUUACAUUUAAACUACGCUUUGGCAGAACUAAAGAGGAACAGAAAUACAAAUUUACUAUAGGAAGUAAUUUAGCUUUAUAAGAAGGCAUUGAUGCCUCUGAGAGAUGUUUUAUUUAUCUCAGAGUGUGGGAUAACAGGUCUCUGAGUUCUUUCUUUAUGCGGAACUAUACUUGUCUGAUUUCCUGGAAACAAAAACACAGUGUAGCUCUGAAAACAGUCUCGAGUUCAAGUACAGUUCUGAGGAUAAUAAAGCCCAUUUCCAUUUUUUCUGAUACCCCUUUUCUCCUUCAGUUACUUCUCUCACCUCAGGCAUUAAAUCAUAUUAUUAUACCAGUACUGAUUGCUGUGCUUCCCUGAACCUGAAAUGCCAAAGCAGCACAGGAGCGGAUGUGGAAAAUGUUAUUCAUACACAAAGCAGAUGGGUCCUCAAAGGGCAAAUAUGUAAUUUGUUAACUCUUACGAAUGUGGGCCCCCGCCUGGCAGCUGCUUCAAAUGGAAUGGGAAAAAGGAGGAAAUGGAAUUUUUGUUAAGAAGGAGAGAGAUGUGAAUAACAAAAUAGAAUAAUAUUUCACAAACAGUCCGCUGCUUAUUUUAAGGUGCAAGCCUGCUGAAUAAUAAUAAAAAUGUUUGAAUCAUUUCAA